CGACAUACGACGCGAUAAUUAACAGCUCCUCCACCUAAGAUAACGCUCCAUUUUGACGUACUGGCUUAAUUACGCACAGAAUGGAAUCUUUAUAUUGGGUUUGUGGAGGUGUAAGAACCGCUCUCUGGCUCGCUAUGCUCGAAGUUCUUUCGCGCAGUAUGCUCACGACAUAUGUAUUGAUGACCUCCUCAACCGUGACCCGAUAAAUUCCUUCCUCAUAGAUUAUCGAGACUUGAUUCCGUCCUCACGAUAAUCCGACCAGACCUAACAUAAGCCCUCGUAGCCUCUCCAUGCCAUACUUAGUAAAGUACCUUGUGCUAUUACCGUUUGCCGUCCUUUCAGGCGUUUCUAGCUAUACGUACCAAAGCAACCCCAAGAUCUUGACAGCAUCAAAAGCGGGUAUGUGUGAGUACACAAGGCAUUAUUAUGUGUAUGCGUACUGUGUGGAUCCUGGGGCACUUUCUUUCCCAUGUCGGUGGACGGCAGGCGCAAAGACUCCUGUACGAAAAGCCCUCGUGAACGAUAUAUAAUCAUACUUGGCUAUUGCCCACUUUGUAUCUGAGCUGGCGGGCGCUCAGAAGAGAUCGGGAACCACUAUGUCCAUAAAUCCGGCUGUGAGUGCGUGACCUUAGAUGAAGAAUUAUGUCAAUUGUAGAAACUAAUGGUGUUACUAGAGAGGUCUAGCUGUCUGAAUUUCUUUCAGUAUUCUGAUUUUUUAAGCGCCAGAGUGCC